GGAGAGAUAUAUUGAAACAUGUGGAGGAGGCUGUGGUGGUGCGAGGCUCUGAAGCAGGGCAUGUCUGUUGCCGUUGGGAAGAGACUCCCACUGUCUCCACGGAACCCGCUGCUGUUGGAGGGAGCUACUGUAUCAACCUUUGAUACCAAAAGGACGGGAGUAGGGGCGGACAGUGUAACAUUCGCAGAGGCUAGGAAGUUGAUGAGGCUGGUCAACAUGGAACCGCUUAAGACCAAACUAGGGAUGGAAGGAAAAGAAGUGAUUGGCUACUCGGAGUUAUUGAAGGCCUGCCAGAGCAUGGGCGUUGCCAGGUCUCUAGACGAGGCCAUCGCUCUUGCACGUGUUCUCGAUGAGGCAGGCGUUGUACUUUUUCGCGACAAGGUUUAUCUUCAUCCCGAUAAGGUGGUGGAUUUGAUUAGAAGCGCAGUACCUCUUGCUUUGUCUCCCGAAGAUGAUGACCCUAUAAGAGAUGAGCUAAAGAGGCUGCAGGAGAAGAAGGAAGAAAUCGACGUUCAAGCGCAUAAGCUAGUUCGAGGCAUCCUUUGGUGCGGUCUAGGAUUAGCAGUGGUACAAGUCGGACUAUUCUUCCGGCUAACUUUUUGGGAAUUCUCGUGGGAUGUAAUGGAACCGAUUGCAUUUUUCACCACGGCCACCUGCAUAGUCAUAGGUUAUGCUUACUUCCUGAUUACUUCCAGGGAUCCCACAUAUCAAGAUCUGUUGAAGAGGCUUUUUCUGUCGAGGCAAAGGAGGUUGUUUAAGAAGCAUAACUUCGACCUUAACAGGUUGAAGGAGCUGCAAAACAAGUGCAAAUCACGUUGCGAUGCCUCCGCAUCGAUCCGAAACCGUGUCGGAAUGGAUGUAGAAUUGGAUGAUGCCUUACACAAGGAUUAGACAUUAUAUUCUUCCA